AUGGGCAUCGUAUACUCGCUAGGAAAACCCGCCGUAAUCCAGUCGCAAACCCCUUCAUUUGAACUCGGCGAGUUUUGCCGCUCAGAGUCAACCAUGUCGAUCAUCGAAACGACCAGUGUUAAUCCCUGGAUUACUCCCUAUGUAAGGACCAAGAUGCGUUCAUUCUCUUCCAUUGCCGUUCUCCCCCUCGCUGCGCGAAUCGUCGCUGCUGGCAAGUACGAUGCGUGGAAAUUCGGUAACAUGUUCACCCUCGGGUCCGACAGCAGUGUCAUCACCAAGGCCACCUACACCCUCGUUCCCCCGUCCAUUCCCUGCGGCACCGUCAUCAGUAACAAGGACGGCCAGCCGUGGAUGUCAAUCUGGGUUGGCAUCUCCCAGUCCGUCAGCGACCAGGGCAGCAAUCUCUUCCAGCCUCUCUUGAACUGGGCCCCCGAUAACUCUGCUGCCGGCUGCCCUGCCUCGAACACCGAGUGGUGCGUGGCUGCCAGCACUUUCACCGGUUCCACCCAGGUUGCCCAGCCAUACAUCGCCAUUCCCUCCAAGUCCGACGUCGACUUUGAGCUCGUCUACGAUGCCUCCAAGGGUGUAACUCAGAAGGUCUGGAUCAACGGUGCCAUGGUCUCGCAGCAGACCGACGUGGACGGCAACGGCAAGGCCCCUACCUACAUCUACUCCAGCAACGAGUGUUACCAAGGCGCCUGCGGAACCCUCCCUGCCUACAGCUGGAGCAACCUCACCGUCGUCCUUGCCAAGGCUGACAAGACCUUUGGCGAUUCUCUUCAACUUACUGGCGCUACCUCGAGUGGUAUCAAGACGACCGACGACGGCAAGACUUGGCACGUUGAUGCCAUCAAGAUCAACCAGGACUUCUUCUACACUGACGGCUCGAACAAGCAGUGCUAA